CUAGUCGUUACUGGUUUCUGCCGGGGUACUUGUAUUCAUUGGCCGUUAACCUCCAUGCCUUGCGGGGGAGCAGGCGGUCGGGAACUGCCGGUACCUAUCACGUGGGGCGGCUGUCAGUUGCCCGCCGGCCCCCCAAAGAAAGAAAGCGGCAUGAUUUCUCUGGAUCCCGGAAUUUUCCCAUCCAACGCUGGAGGAGCCCCCUCCCAUCAACAACGCUGCUGGUCCGUCCACCCGGCUGCUCCUCUCUUAUUCUUCAGCCUAGCGUCCCGGGCUCGACAGAUUCCUACUGCUCCCGGUUUGUUCCUAGAUCCAUCGUCCGUGAUGAGACUACCCCCGUUGUAGGUUGGACCUCCCCCAGCUUUUUUGACGGACUUCCGGCCCCACCGUGCGUGCGAACCUUCUCCUAUUGAUACUAUUCCCCGUUGGGUGGCUUUCAAUCCGGGUGAUCAACCCACUAUACAUCUGCCACCAACUCCCUCUUUUGCAGCGUCGUUGUGACCGGACAGCCCCUCGAAAUACCCAAAGGCUGUGGGUGUUCCUCAGCCUUGGUGGGGGUGGCCUCGGGCGAGCCUCAGCCCAUAGUCGAGUAUACACAUGAUAAUGAUCACGCCUGGCUCGUAUGUGUGUUGCUCAAUACACAGCCGCAAAUCCUCCAGGCCCU